CGUGCUCGCGCGCCGGCGGGGAGAAUGGCGGGGGCCGCGCCGGGCGCCAUCAUGGACGAGGACUACUUCGGGAGCGCGGCCGAGUGGGGCGAUGAGGCGGACGGCGGCCAGCAGGAGGACGACUCCGGGGAGGGCGAGGACGACGCGGAGGUGCAGCAGGAGUGCCUGCACAAGUUCUCCACCCGGGACUACAUCAUGGAGCCGUCCAUCUUCAACACCCUGAAGAGGUAUUUUCAGGCAGGAGGGUCUCCGGAGAACGUGAUCCAGCUCUUGUCGGAGAACUACACAGCGGUGGCCCAGACCGUGAACCUGCUGGCCGAGUGGCUCAUCCAGACAGGUGUCGAGCCGGUGCAGGUCCAGGAAACUGUGGAGAAUCACUUGAAGAGUUUGUUGAUCAAACACUUUGACCCCCGCAAAGCAGAUUCUAUUUUCACUGAGGAAGGAGAGACCCCCGCAUGGCUGGAGCAGAUGAUCGCGCACACCACCUGGAGAGAUCUCUUCUACAAACUGGCCGAAGCGCAUCCAGACUGCUUGAUGCUUAACUUCACCGUCAAGCUCAUUUCUGACGCGGGGUACCAGGGGGAGAUCACCAGCGUGUCCACAGCCUGCCAGCAGCUGGAGGUGUUCUCUAGGGUGCUUCGCACCUCUCUGGCCACCAUCUUAGAUGGAGGAGAAGAAAACCUUGAAAAAAACCUCCCCGAGUUUGCGAAAAUGGUGUGCCACGGGGAACACACGUACCUGUUUGCCCAGGCCAUGAUGUCGGUGCUGGCUCAGGAGGAGCAGGGGGGCUCCGCUGUGCGCCGGAUUGCUCAGGAGGUCCAGCGCUUCGCCCAGGAGAAAGGCCACGACGCCAGUCAGAUCACACUGGCGCUGGGCACGGCCGCCUCCUACCCCAGGGCCUGCCAGGCCCUCGGCGCCAUGUUAUCCAAAGGAGCCCUGAACCCCGCCGACAUCACCGUCCUCUUCAAGAUGUUCACGAGCAUGGACCCGCCUCCUGUCGAGCUUAUCCGGGUGCCGGCCUUCCUGGACCUGUUCAUGCAGUCACUCUUCAAGCCGGGGGCCAGGAUCAACCAGGACCACAAGCACAAGUACAUCCACAUCCUGGCCUACGCAGCGAGCGUGGUGGAGACCUGGAAGAAGAACAAGCGCGUGAGCAUUAAUAAAGACGAGCUGAAGUCCACGUCGAAAGCCGUCGAGACCGUUCACAACCUGUGCUGCAACGAGAACAAAGGGGCCUCGGAGCUGGUGGCGGAGCUGAGCACGCUGUACCAGUGCAUCAGGUUUCCCGUGGUGGCGAUGGGCGUGCUGAAGUGGGUGGACUGGACGGUGUCCGAGCCCAGGUACUUCCAGCUGCAGACCGACCACACCCCGGUGCACCUGGCCCUGCUCGACGAGAUCAGCACCUGCCACCAGCUCCUGCACCCCCAGGUCCUGCAGCUGCUUGUGAAGCUUUUUGAGACGGAGCACUCCCAGCUGGACGUGAUGGAGCAGCUGGAGCUGAAGAAGACCCUGCUGGACAGGAUGGUUCACCUGCUGAGUCGAGGUUACGUGCUUCCUGUGGUUAGUUACAUCCGGAAGUGCCUGGAGAAGCUGGACACCGACAUUUCCCUCAUCCGCUAUUUUGUAACUGAGGUCCUGGAUGUCAUCGCCCCGCCGUACACCUCUGACUUUGUGCAGCUUUUCCUCCCCAUCUUGGAAAACGACAGCAUCGCAGGCACCAUUAAAACAGAAGGGGAGCACGACCCCGUGACGGAGUUCAUAGCUCACUGCAAGUCCAACUUCAUCCUGGUGAACUAACGCAGCGCCCUCCCGACGACGUGGAACACGCCAGGGCCUGACGUGAGGAGGCUCAGUGAGCCUCUCAGAGAUGGGCGCAGCCAGAGGAAGGGGCUUUCUAAGAAGGGAAAUGUUCGCGAUUAUGUGGGGAAAACUGCUGUUACGAAGGGCCCGCCCGGGCUGGCCCCCGCCGCCGUCUGCACAUUCGUCUCCCCAGUAGCAGGCCCUGGAUCCCACUGCCUGCGAGGCCCACCUGGCCGGCCGCCCGGGGGCCUACAUGAACCACUUUCAAGAACUUGUAAUUGUUUAAUUUUCCAAGAGCGAAGUUUUACAAAACCCGUCUGGGUUGAAGGUGUAGAGCCGGUGUCGGUCUGUCCCGUGUAAAUAAAACGUGCUCCGGCUCAGUCCUUAGGAGUCGAGUGAUUU